AUUUCAUCCUCUGUCAAAAAAAAUUUAAAAAGGAACACCGCUGCUUCCUGUUGUAAAAGGCAUCAAAGCUUGGCCAAUAGGUGCAACCGCGAAACGAAGCUUUGUAAUAAACAUUUAUUUACUUAGCAUGCGUUAUGGCACAUUGUACACCGUGACUUUAUCGAUGAUUUACCUGUAGAGUACGUAUAUGAAAUGCCUUUUAAACCUUUUUAUUAAACAUUUGCGUAGUCUAAAUAUUAUAGAUACUUUGAGUUGAGGCGACCCGUUUGGCGAAACGACCUGUUACCUUUUCGUGACACGUCCGUCUACCACGAGCCCCCAUCGCGCGCAGGCUAUCCUUAUCAUGGAUCAGGCCCUACUUGGAUCGGCGAACAAGCUACUCCCUCCUAACCCCUCUGUUUCUAACCCUAAUAACACUCAAUUUUAUUCCGUGGUAGAAAUGCUGGACUUUACUUUCGAACUGAUAAAGUCCCUGGGAACGAAGUUGUUGCAUUACGGAGUAAGAUUGGCACUAGUUUUGAUUGCUAUGGUUUCAUGUUGAUAUAAAAUGGCGGCUGGGACGAUAAUACGAAAGAUCACCAAUGUUUAUUGCCUUUGAAUCUGUGAAAUGUCUAAAUCACCGAAAGGAGAAGCUUCAUCUGUUGCUUUGACAAAUACCGAGCAGGCUCAGGAAGGAAACAAUGAAAGGAAAGUUGAUCCAAAGAUGACAAACUACAAUGGUGGUUUGAAGCUGGUUACCAGGCUUACAAUGCAUGACUUGAAGGCUGUCCAGGAUGCAUUUAUGAUAAAUCAAUCUGGUCAUGAACGUGAGCUGAGCCUGGAUGUUGACCAGUUCUGUGAAAUUCUCUCCAUUGUACUGAACAAAGGAUCAAGAGAAGAAUAUGAAGAUUUGUUUAACAGAGUUGAUGUGGGUAAAGAGGGUUAUGUUGACUGGGACAAAUUCUGUUCUCAUAUGUUGCUAGAAUACUAUGAGAAGGAUGACCGAAUGAAAACCACUCAGGUUCCUCAGUGGCGAGAGCUUAGAAAUAUUGCAUGCCCCCAUAAAGAGGCCAUUGUUAGAAUAUCUCCUUUGAUGAAUCCAUCAAGAUACAUUGCAGUUAGUAAGGAAGGGAUAAUCUCUCUUUGGUCAUCAAACAUGAAACCAAUAAGAACAGUACAGGUCCAAACAGAUCAAGAGGAAGUUAAACAAAGGGAUCUCUGGGUGACAGACUUUGUACCAAUGCAAAAUAUCUACAAACUGGCACUUGCUCUAACUAGUAAAGAAAUAGCUAUAUAUGACUUGAGUUCCAAAUCAGAGUUUAACUGCCAGUUUAGGAUACAAGGUCUUCAACACACCCCUCUAUGUAUGGAUUACUGGAGCAACCCCAAUAAAUUGAAUGAAGCAAUUCUUGUGUUUGGAGAUUGUCAUGGUCAGGUGAACGCUCUGCUGUUUUCAGCAGCAACAAUGGCCUUGUUUGACCGACCAUCCCAGCCUGCUGGCAGCAAACAAGGUGAAAAUAUAUUCACUCUUAUAAAACAACUAAGUGAAAGUCGACUUGUUUCAAUGUGGCUUGUGUAUUUAGAAGUACGUUUGUGUAUAAAUCAGGUUCUCCGGAUCUGGGACACACACCUUCAAGUUUGUCUUCAGCGUCUGUCUGGGAUGUUUCCAAAGGGUCCAGCUGAGGGUAAGUCCUUCAUGUGUUAUUGCUUUGUUUUAUUUUUUGUACAGUUUGCUAAUGCUCACGGGAACUCAGAAAUAACUACCUUAGCCCAGGAUGCCACAGAAACGAGGCUCUUUACAGCCAGUGCUGAUGGGACAGUCAAGAUCUGGGAUUUUAAUGGUCACUGUCACCAUAUCUUGAUGGCUGGUAAUGGCGACCCAGCAGAGAUCAGCCAAGAGCACCAGGAUGAUGUAUUAUCUGAAGCUUUCUGUCCUCCAACAACACUGGCCACGGCAAGCUAUGACGGUGAAAUAGUGCUCUGGAAUUUGAACUCAGAACAAGCUUUCAGGCAUCUUUCGUCACAUGCUAAAAGGAAACCCACGCGUUCUUCUAGAAGAUCGAAAAAGACGGAUGAUUUUGGUUAUGCUGUGACCAAACUGAUGUUUCUGAAUGAGAGACCGAUGUCGGCUUCCAGUGUAGGAGCCAAUCUGGUGUCGUGUAACGCUAGUGGAUGGGUAAGAAUGUGUAGAGUCAUUUCUUCAAUGCAAAUAUAUGUGCUUCUUAACUUGAAACAGGAAGAGUCUGAUAGCGAAAAUGAAGAAGAACAUCAGGAAGAAGAAGGCGAAGUAGAUGAUGUUCAGCUCUUUGCCGAUGAAAAAUUUGAUCCUGAAUUUAGGGUUUCUACAUGGGAACAAACCAUACUUGGUAAGUUGUUGAGAUUUGGACUGUCUGCUUUGCAUUGUAUAUUUCAGUCAUUAGAGACAUCAGACUUGCAAGAUGUAGGUGCCAUUCAAAAGCCAGACUUUGUGGCCCAUCCCGAAAAAUAUUUCAGCGAGAGAUCGGCAGGAAAGCGUCGCAGCACAGAUAUCACAUUGCCUACUUUACCCAGUGUAACUGAUCGUAAGUAACAUUUCUUCUUAAUACGAUAUGAUUAUCCUGUUUGAGAUUUAAGGUCGGGACACACUAGGAGACAUGUUGAGGGUACAUGAACCGGGGACAUGUGGUAGCAACAAUUUUUCUCGUGUGACCUGUCGGAUUUUAAGAAAAUGUUCUGUUGAGGGGACAAUAAGCCCUUAUUGACUGGUCCCAAGGGAAAGAGUGAGUGUUGCUUUGAGCUGGGAGGUAUAACAAAAUGUUUUGUCAACACAUUCCAUGAAAUUCAGUUGGCUUGAAUUCGUGCGUCAUGAAGCACGGGCAAAAUGACCUCAAUUUUCAAAGUGGCGUCGUGUGCACUGCUCUUACAAACUGUCCCCGCAACAAUACGUAUUUAUGCCUCAUACCGCUUCGCUUGCACCAGCUUGAGUACUGUCGACCACGCAACAUGCGU